UCGUAUUUCCUUUCAAUGGAGUGUGUUGGGGAGAUCUUAAGUUGGAACAGGUUCGUCAGCCUGGCCUAUCUUUGUUUGGAUAUCCAGCUAGUAACAGAAUGAGGUUUUGGUUCUCCAGUUAUGCUGAAAUUUCCAAGUAUUCAGCAGAACUGAUGUAGUAAUGUACUAAUAGUAGACACUGCGGUCGGGAGAAAUGUUGAUUUCGGUUCUUUAUCUUUUAUUACCAAACGACGGCUCUGUUCAAAAUAUAUCUAAUGUCGACGUCACUCAAAUGUGAUUGGGGAGCUGAAGCGGAAGCGAAGCUUUGGUGCUUGUGACUGAACGAAGGCAGCCAUCAGUACAGCAAGACCAAGAGUAGAGCCUUCAGCGGAUUUCUGUUUGAAUCGAUCUGCAGCUCUUAUACAAAAAAAACCAAACAAACAAGAAAAAAACCGCUGCGACACCGGGGACCAUGGAGUCUCAUGGGGAAGAGGAAUCCAGGGGACCCGUAUUACACAUUGUGGUAGUCGGGUUUCAUCACAAGAAGGGCUGUCAGGUUGAAUUUUCAUACCCACCACUAAUACCAGGAGAAGGCCAUGACAACAGCAGUUUACCUGAGGAGUGGAAGUACCUCCCGUUCCUAGCCCUGCCUGACGGGGCCCAUAAUUACCAAGAAGAUACUAUCUAUUUCCACUUACCUCCCCGAAAUGGUGAUCGGAAGACAGUGUAUGGAGUAUCUUGCUAUCGGCAGAUAGAAGCUAAGACACUGAAGGUUCGUCAGGCAGAUGUUACAAGAGAGACGGUUCAGAAGAGUGUUUGUGUACUUAGUAGACUGCCGUUGUAUGGGUUGCUACAAGCAAAGCUUCAGCUCAUCACUCAUGCCUACUUCGAAGAAAAAGAUUUUUCCCAGAUAUCAAUUUUAAAGGAACUUUAUGAUCACAUGAAUGGAUCAUUGCGAGGGACAUCACUGGAGGGAUCCCAGGUGUAUCUUGGCUUAUCUCCUCGAGAUCUGAUUCUUCAGUUUCAACAUAAGGUCCUGAUUCUGUUUAAAUUGAUUCUGCUGGAAAAAAAGGUCCUGUUUUAUGUGUCACCAGUCAACAGACUCGUAGGAGCUCUGAUGACCAUUUUAUCACUUUUUCCUGGAAUGAUUGAGCAUGGCCUUGCAGACUCUUCCCAUUACAAACCGAGGAAGAGCACCUCUGAAGAUCUCAAUCUGAUUGAAGUCCUUGGCGGUUCUGAGGACUAUGUUUCAGUCUCUAUUUCAGACAUUUCAAACUCCAACCAAGAAAGUGGUGGAGAAGCCAAGGAGACCUCUGGGGUGUAUCAGAAUGAGACCCACCAGGAAGACAUGUCACAAUCCUUGACUGGGGACAACAAUCAUCUGAAGCCCCCAUCAAGAACUCCGGAUUCUUUAGAGAGCGACUGGGAGACCUUGGACCCCAGUGCCCUGGACGAAGGGGCUCCAAAAGAAGAAAAUCAGGAAAAAGACUCCUUCGGGCUCCCAGAAACGUUUCCCAGCGAGUCGGCCCCCUCCAGAACACUCCCUAUCACUGUGCAGCCCCAGCCCAACACUGGGCAGGCAGUACUCGUCCAAGGCCUUGUAUCAGGGCUGGAAGAAGACCAGUUUGGCUUGCCUUUGGCGGUUUUUACUAAGGGUUACCUGUGUUUGCCCUACAUGGCCCUGCAGCAACAUCACCUUCUCUCAGAUGUGACUGUGCGUGGAUUUGUCGCGGGAGCCACCAACAUCCUUUUUCGACAGCAGAGGCACCUGAGUGACGCCAUUGUGGACGUGGAAGAGGGUCGGAUACAUAUCCAGGACCCUGAGCUGAGAAAGGUGCUCAGCCUGACCACAGCAGACUUGCGGUUUGCAGACUACCUGGUGAAGCACGUCACAGAGAACCGGGAUGAUGUGUUUCUGGAUGGUACAGGCUGGGAGGGGGGAGACGAGUGGAUCAGAGCUCAGUUCGGACUCUACCUGCAUUCUCUUCUGUCUACCAACUUACGGCAAGAUAAUGAAAAGAUGCUGGCGGACUAUGGGGCAGCGUUUGUAAAUACUUGGAAGAUCACACACAACUACAGAGUGUGGUACAGUAACAAACACCCUGCUCUGUCAGAGAUCACACCCGGCCAUCCAUUCCAAGGGCAGUACAGUGUAGCAGAUGUGAAACUGAGGCUCUCACACUCUGUACAGAACAGUGAGCGAGGAAAGAAACUUGGUAAUGCAGUGAUAACCACAAGCCGCAGCGUUGUGCAGACAGGAAAGGCAGUAGGUCAGUCGGUCGGAGGAGCUCUCACCAGUGCAAAGUCGGCAAUGUCCUCCUGGUUUUCAACCUUCGCACAGGCUGCUCCACCAGGGUACAGCGAACAGCGGGAAGCUAAUCCAUGACCCAACUUUACAACAAAGAAACAAAAUGCUGUGCGUCAUUUUAAAAACAUGCAUUCCACAACUUUAUUCCCAGGGACAAAACCAGUUUCAUUAACCCUUAUAAAUGUCUUUCACCGUAUUUCCAGGUUAAGUAGACCAGUUUUUCCCUUCUCAGACUAGAAGAGGUGCUGCCUUCAGUGGUGAUUAUUGGAACACAUGAUUACCAUGUGGAAAACUUAACAGUACAAAUCAUUUAAAAAAGAAAAGUUCAUUUAGAAAUUAAAAGUCUAGGACUGGUUCACCUCUGUUCAUAAUUGCAUUCCAUUGAGAAUAUUUGAAUAGUUAGCCUCACUUCUUUAACUGGUGCACUUUAGCUUCAAGUGUUUCAUACACACUUUUAUAUAUGUAAGUAUUAAUCAAAUUGUUGUGAAGAUGCCUUUGUUUCCAGGUAUCUUAAAAGUAUCUUUAGAAUACACUUGAACAUUAAUAUUUGGAACAAAUGAAUGCUGGAACAGUAAUUUGAAACUAAUUGCAUCAGAACGUUGCUGAAUAUUGUUCGCUGCAGAUCAUGUACAUCCUCAAAACUGCACCCACCGUUUUACUGUCAAUUUGUUCACAGUGAUUUAGCAGUUUUAAAUGCAUUGCAGUCAAGUUGACUUUAAAUCAUAUCUGUAGUUUUAAUUGAUUUGAUUGCUUGUAAUUAUUUUCCAAAGGACACUGACAGCCCAGAAAUGUCACACACAAACUGUGAAAAGGGGCAUGUUGUAAGGACUUUUGUUUAACAGAUAAGCUUGUAAAAUGUUUUGAAAAUAGACCGGUAGCUAGAUGCAGUAAGCACGACUGAUGUAUGUUUAUUUUUUUUCUAUUGUAUAAGUUAGCCUCUGGAGAAACUCGAAAAGAAAUGCAUACAAACAAAAAAGCAUUGCUACCAUAUCAGCUGAAUUUUUACCAGAAGAAAAAGGGCUGCAGACUUGCCAUGCCAAGCCACAGAAUGCAGUACAAGAAAUGCAAUUCUUACAAGACCCAAAUAUUUAAACAGCACUGUUUACCCAUUUUUGGAAAGAAAAACACCUGUUUUGAACAGAGAUCAAUUGUACAAGCCCUGUAGCUGUGUAUUGUACAUGUCAUCAGCAAUUGACAUUCUUGUCCUACCUGGCAAUAAAACAAGCAGCCUCUCUCCAUAUCAGGUGUGUCGUGUACCUGGAUUGGAGAACAGUGAUUGUCAUGCGAACUCUCCGUUCUUUUAUUUUUUUAUUUAUUUCUUAUUUUUUGUGGUUCGUCUCUUUCAUGAAGUCUCUAUUUUCUGUGGUUUUGGUGACACUCUACAAAACAAAAAUGAAGUACUACUUGUAGUAUGUGUGUGCACAAAGAAGGAAACCCUUUCUACUGUAUUACAUAACUUUCCCUCUGACAAAGUUUAUGUUUGAAAUUGACAUUGAACUAUGGGCAUGCUGUUUGAUGUCAAGUUUGGUUUGGAUAAAAAAAAAAAAAAAUCUGUUAUCUUCAUUAUGUGGUGUAUUUAAAAUAUUGAUAUGAAUAUUUGGUUCAUUUAAUAUUGUUUUACAUCUGUUUUUCCUUUUUGUGUUCCUUUUUUUUGUUUGGUAAAAACAGUUGUGAAGUGUCAUUUGGUUGCUUUUAAAAUUCUUGAAGACCAAUGGGUCAAAAUUUCUAUUUUGUGUACAGCACUGUGUUCGGGUGUAUGAAUGUAUUUUAAAAUGUAAAAUAUGUCUUGAGUUCAUACUAAAAGCUGUUUCUUUUGUGACUGAAAGACCCCUUGUACACAUUCUUUAAAAUCUAUUGAAAAAUAGCAUUGCACAAAAAAAAUAAGGCCAAAAAUCUCUUUGUUUAAUUUGUGUUCAUUAAUCUGCCAGGUGCGGAUUAUUAGAAUAAAACAACUAUAAUGCUAUUCAAAUAAAGAGGUGGGUUGUUAUGGAGUGAAA